AUGUACUCCCCAGAUCAGUUUAUGAAUCCGGGGCCUGCCCCUCGCCCCCCAGCCGAUCGCCCAACGCUCAACCUGCCUUCCAACCCUUCCAACGUGGCCACCUCCUUCAGCCAGAUGAACCUGAAUUCUCCCAGUACCCCCGGUCCGGCCAAUCUGUCUCUGUUCCCCAAUACGAGCACCCCUACGCUCACGCGCACCAAGACCGAGCAGUCGGCCGGGGGAGGUGUCACCGUGAUCAAGGAGGGGUAUGUUCGCUGCAAGGAAGACAAGUUUCUGGCGACCUGGAACCAACGAUACCUGAUCCUGCGCGAAUUCCGCCUCGAUUUCCUCAAGAAUGAGACUGGGAAGAUCGUGUUGUCCAUCCCCCUGACGGCGGUCACGGGCGUCUCUCGAUCGGAGGAUACCCGCAUGGCCUUUGAAAUCAUCCGUCUCGCCAAUCCCAAGGAUGCGACCUCCAAAGCCGCCGUGAUCACCCGUGAUGUGCCCACCAAGAGCAUCACUUGUGAAGUUAAGAGCGAUGAUGAGAUCUACGACUGGAUCGAUAAGAUCUACGAACGCUGCCCCGGCAUGGGAGGGGUGAGCAACCCAACAAACUUUAGCCAUCGUGUCCAUGUCGGAUUCGAUCCGCGCACAGGCGCCUUCGUGGGCUUGCCGCCGGAGUGGGAGAAGCUCCUAACCGCGUCCGCAAUCACCAAGGAAGACUACAAGAAGAACCCCCAGGCAGUCAUCGAGGUUCUGGAAUUCUAUUCCGACAUCAAGAUGCGUGAACAGAACCCUCAGUAUUAUGCCGGACUGUCCUCCCCGCCGAACCAGCAAGCAAAGCCCUUCAACAGCGGGUCCGUGGGAAGUUCAAUUGCGCCUCCGAGACCCCCGCCGCCAGCUCCCGCGCAGCGUCUGGACAGCGGUGGCCAGUCAUACUCGAGCCACUCCGCUGCCUCGUCUCCUGUGCAGGCUAAGUCGGACUCCGACCGUGCCUUGGAGCAGCAGCAUCAGUUGGAGCGUAUGAACGAACUUGCGGAUAAGGAGCGUCGCCGGGUGGAGGAAGAGUCUCGUCGCGCUCGCCAGCGGGAAGAGGAGCAGAACCGGCUCGAACAGGAAGCGUACAAUGCCUCCUUGCCCAAGACCCGCGUUCCUCUGGCUAAGCAGGAACUUGGUGGCUACGGCCCGUCGUCGUCUGAUGACCGUUAUAAGCCAAGCCGUCCAGCUCCGCAGGCACCUGGCUCCUCUCGCCAGGACCCUUCGCGCCAGCUGACUGCCCAACGCCCUGCGCCGUCGCCUCCGACUGCCAACGGCUCCGCAAGGCCUGAACAAUCCUCCCCGAGCUCCAGACACCCGACCCAAGCUCAAUCCCCCGCGCGGGUCCAGAACAAUGGCGCUAAGGCGCAGCCGGCUCAGGGUCCGCCCCCCAGCAAGCUACCUGCUCCGGUUCAGCCUGUGAAGCCCCUGAACAUUGCAAACAAACAGGCGACCAGCAAGACCAACGUCCCUGAUGGGGUCCGCCAGGCCGAGGCUGCUCUCAGUAAGAAGGCGGAGCCACGCCAGAGGGAAGUACGCAUGUCGGCCAUGAGCGAGAACGAGGUUAUGGAUCGACUGAGGUCGGUAGUUUCCAAGGACAACCCGAAUGAGUCCUACAGCAAGCAGCGCAAGAUUGGACAGGGUGCCUCCGGAUCCGUGUACGUGGCACGCGUUAAGGAGCAUGCCACUUCUGGUGUCGCACGGGAGCUCUACCGCCAGUAUGGCCCUCGAACCCAGGUGGCGAUUAAACAGAUGGACUUGCGUAGCCAGCCACGGAAGGAGCUCAUUGUCAAUGAGAUCAUCGUUAUGAAGGAUAGCCAGCACGCCAACAUUGUCAACUUCCUUGACUCGUUCCUGCAGGAGCAGAGCAACGAGCUAUGGGUCGUCAUGGAAUUCAUGGAAGGUGGCGCGCUUACGGAUGUCAUUGACAACAACCCGUUGAUCCAGGAAGACCAGAUUGCUACGAUUUGUGCAGAGACCUGUAAAGGAUUGGCUCACCUGCACAGCCAGAACAUCAUCCACCGUGAUAUCAAGAGUGACAACGUCCUUCUUGACCGGGCGGGUCAUGUUAAGAUUACUGAUUUCGGAUUCUGCGCCAAGCUUACCGAAUCGAAGAGCAAGCGAGCCACCAUGGUCGGUACUCCCUACUGGAUGGCGCCCGAGGUGGUGAAGCAGAAGGAGUAUGGCCCCAAGGUGGACUGCUGGUCACUGGGUAUCAUGGCCAUUGAGAUGAUUGAAUCGGAGCCCCCGUAUCUGAACGAGGAACCGCUCAAAGCGCUGUACCUCAUCGCCACCAAUGGCACUCCUCGCCUGAAGAAGCCGGAGAAGCUUAGCAAGGAACUCAAAUCUUUCCUCAGUGUCUGUCUCUGUGUUGAUGUGCGCAGCCGUGCCACCGCUGAUGAGCUGUUGGCCCAUGAUUUCCUCAAGCUGGGCUGCAGCCUUGCGAGCCUGGCGGAGUUGCUCCGUUGGAAGAAGAACAGCCAGUGA